AUGUCGGAGCAGCAAGGCGCCCCAGAACAGCUGGCUGCUGGGAAAAGUCAGGGAGGGGCUGGAGCUACCUACAAGGUGGUGCUGUUCGAGUUCGAGAAUUUCCGAGGGAAGAAGGCAGAGUUCUCUGCAGAGUGCAAGGAUGCUGGCGAGAAGCUGGAGAGAGUUGGCUCGGCCAUUGUAGAAUCUGGACCGUGGGUGGCGUAUGAGCGUAUGGGCUUUGCCGGGGAGCAGUACGUUCUGGAGAAGGGCGAGUACCCCCGCUGGAGCUCCUGGACCAACAGCCAGAGCAGCUACUGUCUGCUGUCCCUGAGGCCUCUCCGUGUGGAUAGUGCGGAUCACAAGCUCCACCUAUUUGAGAAUGGAGGCUUUGCUGGAAGGAAGAUGGAGAUCAUGGAUGAUGAUGUCCCCAGCCUCUGGGCCCAUGGCUUCCAGGAUCGCGUGGCCAGCGUCAAAGCCCUGAAUGGAACGUGGGUGGGCUACAUGUACCCAGGCUACAGAGGGCGCCAGUACGUGUUCGAGCACGGCGACUACAAGCACUGGAACGACUGGGGGGCGGCCGUGCCUCAGGUUCAGUCCGUCCGGCGUGUGCGUGACAUGCAGUGGCACAAGCGCGGCUGCUUCACUGCCCCGGAGCCCACCCCCAACCCCGUGCCUCCUCCCCCCGCCCCUCCCGCUGCGGCCGGCACCAGCUGA